AUGGACCGACCUCAAGUCUCCAUUCCUCCCGCUGCGAAUGUACUCGGGGUAGAAUAUGGCACAACUGGCGCCGAAAGAGCACAGAGGGUCUUCCAGGAUCCAUGCUCAUUCUCUGGUCGAUAUAACUUCAACUUUGCGCUCAAAUUCCAACCUCAAGCAUUCGCCAGUCUCACGCUCAUUUCUUGGGGUCAGACACUGUACUAUCACAACAAAUGGCGAGUAUGGACAGCCACCCUGGCGACCAUUGCCCUAGCCGCCAGCUUUGGGCUUAUGGAGCUGAUUCUUAUCCUCACUCUGCGUGGUCCCUAUAGCCGAGGCGUCGAAUGGCCCAUGAUGCUCAUGGCCAUCUUAGCAACCAUCAUCCAAGUCGCCGGCCUGAUCCCCCCUUUCUUCGAACUUGCAAAGCGCAAUGGACGAGUCAUUGGAAUCGACUUUUGGUUUCUCACUAUCGAUUACGCUGGUGCCUUCUUCUCGCUCAUGGCUCUUGUUGCACAACAAUGGUUCGAUGCCCUCGGUGGCAGUCUCUACAUCUCUUGUAUGCUACUUGAAACCGGUAUCUUUGUUUCGCAAGCCAUCUGGCUCUGGCGUGUUCGCCAUGUACGCGCCGAAGCCAAGAAGGCUGGAAAGACGUAUGACGAAUACAUCGCCGAGAACCCGAGCAAGAAGCUAUUCGCAAGCGAAUCCUCCGAAACUUUUGUCGAUGUCGAAGCUGGCAUCGAGAAGCGAUCAGGAAGCACAUGCACUGAGAAGACGGCUGUUAGUCAACAUGAGAAUAUCCUAGCCACACCCAGCGAAGCCAAAUCAAGGGAAGGCACACCAAACGACGCAACGGCAACAUCGCCGGAGACACCGCCGAAGUCAUCAUCGGAGUCAUCGCCGGAAGCACCUCAACAACCACCUGCUGCUGUCUUGAAACCCAGCGGGUCUGGUCCAUCAUAA